GCGUUGCCUAGGCGUCCGUAGCAACCGCUCAGUAUAUGUUAGCGGCGUCAACACCAAACAGCUGACUAGUGCAGAGACCGUCGCCCUGCGAGCACCUCGCAACAUUUUCUAGCAAGUUUUUACCCAAAGUUAUCCUGAACCAUGCCUGAGGAAGAGCAGAGGACGAGGCCCAUGAUUGCGGCAAGGGAGAGAGGUCCUGGCCCGGGAAGGUAUGCCCUGCCCACCAACGUUGGGUACAUCAAACAUGACUUCACCAAGAGGAUGAACCCCUCCUACACCCUCGCAAAACGCCUGGAGGACACAAUGUUUAAGAAGGACUGCAGCCCGGGACCCGGAUACUUCAUCGAACCCAGAAUCACCAAACACGGCGUGGACGGCACGCCUUCCUACUCUGUCUCCGGCCGCAUCAAGGAUCCAAGAGUGUUCCAGCCCCCAGGCCCCGGGGCGUACUCCCCGGAGAAAGUGCACCCUCAGGGGGAGCGGCACGCGCCCGUGUACUCCAUGGCGGCCCGUACGCGCUACCGCAAGCGCGACGCCGUCCCCGCCCCCAACUCCUACUCCCUCCCGCAGCUCCUCGGCUCCAAGGUCCCCAACAAGAACUCCAGCGCGUCCUACUCCAUGACCGCCAGAUCCAAGACCGGCAGCUUCUCCGAGGACCUGGCGAAGGCGCCGGGACCCGGCCGCUACAACGCAACCGACCCGAACAUCGUGAACCACAAGAAGCCGGCGUACUCCAUGCUGGGCCGCAGCUUCAUGCCCGGAGACUCCACCAAGAAGCCGGGACCGGGCGCGCAUUACCCCGAAAGAGUCUACGUCACGAAGAGGAAGGCUCCGACGUACUCACUGGGCAUCAGGCACUCCGAGUACAUCACUCCUCUGAUCGUGGACGUGGCUGAUUAAAACACUGUGUCUGAAAGACUGUGGGACAUCUAUUACAGCCAGAUCAUGAGAUUAUAAACUGUGGGGGAGAAAAAAAUGCUGCUACCCGUUCAGUAGUGUUACCUGUAGAAACUCGCCAACAAGUCGUUUAUUUAUCCGUAGAAGUAAACACAUCUUGUAGUACCAGUUCCGGGAUAUCCAUGCCAAGAAGUACUGUUUUCUUUUCAGUGUUAUAUUGUUAUGAUUUUGGUAUCACUCAUAUAUGUUUAAUCGUAUUUCAGGAUUUAAAAAUGUUUCUAUUGUCGAAUGUGGUGUAUCCAAGGACUAACCAGUUGAACUGAUUCGAGACAUACAAUGUAUUAGUGAAGAAAGUAAAUGAAGUUUACAAUUACGAUGUGAAUGCAAUUUGUACCUAGUGCUAAAGAUCUACAGUAGCUGACAGUCUGCUUUUUUUGUCGAAACAUUGUAUAUUUGUUUGUCAUGGGUUGCACACUUGUGAGAAUUCUAUUUUGUUUUCUUCAAUAAAGGACCAUGUUUUUUCACA